AUGUUCGGCGCCAAACGAAAGAAGCUGAAGCCCGAAGAGGACCGCCGACGCUGCAACUACGUCACGAUUCAAGGCCGCUGCAGCCAGGGCAAGGUGACGCUGAGCAAAGACGGUGUCAGGUUCCCGAGCCCGUACUGUCGUUACCACUGCUGCAAGAAGGUCGACGGGGCAGCCUGUCAAGACAUGAGGAUUAAUGCAAAGGGGUUCUGCCAGCGACACAUUCAGUGCCAAGGCCAGGUCAACGGCACGCGGUGUGCCAACGCCGUCAGGGGCUAUGAUCCCAAGGAGUUCAAGUUCUGCGCACAAUACCACAACUGCUUGGCGCUCGACUGCAAGAAUGAACGCUUCUACAGCGGUGAGUCAGACCUCAAGUUCUGCGCCGACCACCGCUGCACCAGCCCAGGCUGUGACAGGCCGAAGCACACCGGGCCGUUCUGCGCCUCCCACACAUGCGAGGCGCCCAACUGCCUCGCCUUCGCCGUCGGCGGCGGCGGGCCAGGCGAGCCGACGCGCUACUGCGACCGACACCGAGUCUGCCAGCACGACCAGUGCGAACGCUUUACGCACGCGCGAGAGAACGGAGGGCUGUCCAACUUUUGCGGCGCGCACUACUGCGCGUGGGACGGCUGCGAGCAGGCGCGGGAGGGUGCCGGGGAAUGCGAGCACUGCAAGGCGCACAGUUGCAUCGAGAUAGCACUUCUUCCCGAAAUGCCGAAUACAGGACUGCGAGGCUAG